AUGCUUCACACUCUCAGAAAAUCCAACCUGAUGGACGCCAUCAGUUUUGUGCUGGCAGAAAAGACCAGUAACCUCCGUGUAAAAACACUGAAAGACCUGAUUCACGGUGCGUCGGUAGGAAAACCUGCAGGUAAACGUGCAUGUGUCGGUAUGGUGUACUGUGAGGAUAACGGACAUGAGCGCACAUUCACGCGAGUUAUAAUCGGUGCCUCAUCUGAAUAUCGGAUUGACAACAAGGUGGUAGGACUCUCAGAGUACAGUGAGGAAUUGGAGAAACUGGGAAUCCUUAUCAAGGCCAGGAACUUCCUAGUAUUUCAGGUAUAA